AAAAAGUACACGCAACACAGCCACGUUGCAUGGUUUGAAUUGAGACAGACGGUGCGCUUCGGCGGGACAAGAUUCUAGAACAGGAGCAGUUAGACACCGAGGCAGCCAAUGUCAGUUGGGAGCUUUCAGGCCAGACCAUUGUGAAGGGAGCCGUGGUCAGACGCUGCGAGGGAAGGACUGAUAGAGAUGAAGGCUCUUGCACUUCUGCCCCUGUUUGGCUGCUUAAUCAUGGCCAAUGAAGCCAAAGUGUUUAGCCGAUGUGAACUAGCCUACAAGCUACAAGAAGCUGGAAUGGAUGGGUAUGAGGGGUACAGCCUCGCCAACUGGAUCUGCAUGGCGUUCUUUGAGAGUGGAUUCAACACAGCAGCAGAGGAUGACAAUGCAGAUGGCAGCACCGACUAUGGCAUCUUCCAGAUCAACAGCCGUGUGUGGUGCAACAAUCACCGAAGCCCCACUGAGAACCUCUGCUACAUGCCUUGCACUGAUUUGUUGUCAAGCGACAUAACUGAUGACAUCAUCUGUGCCAAAAGAAUUGUGAAAGACCCAAAAGGAAUGGAUGCCUGGGAGGACUGGACAAUGCAUUGCAAGGGGCGAGACCUGUCUGAGUGGGUGGAUGGAUGCGACCUGUGAAAGAAAAAGUCAUCAGCUUGGAUCUGCUAUGACUAAUCAGGGCUGUCUAUGUUUUCCUGAAAGGGGAAUGUCUGUCUUUCUGUGAAUCACUUCUGGCAGUUCAUAUUUACAAACAAAAUCCACUUUACAAACCAGAAAUUAAAAAAAAAUAAAAUUGACCUAAAAGAUUUUUUAAAAAACAAAAUAGAAGUAUUAAUUUUUAAAAAUUCAAACUCAGCUUUUUGUCUUCAGAUCAGACUUAGUAUAUAUAACACUCAAAAGAUUUUUCCCAGCUCAGCUGUGAGAGUCUCUGAAGAUGUAGCUGAUAGGCGAGGCUGUGGAUGAAGCAAAUUAUUUUGGGCAGAUGGGUUCUUUGGAGUUUUCACAGAAAAUCAGUUGGGAAGCCUAAAGGGAAGGUGUACAAGCCUGGUCACAUAACAAACAAAUCAUAUUUACAAGUAUAACAAACGGUAAAAAAAAUAUGGUAUGUUCUUAAUGGGAGCUGUGCAAGACCCCCAAAUAUUUUUAUAAACUAUUUAUGAAAGUUCAAAUGCUGCACAAUUCAAUAGUCAUGAUUAUACAUGCUUGCAUUUGAAAUAUACAAAAAACACAAUGCACAUUGAAUCAAUUUUCAAGUAAUCAAAAAGAAAAAUGUUAAUCUGGUCUACUAUUUAGAAGAAUUCAACUAUGAAGCAAGCACUGCAGAUUCCACAGCCACCCCAUGUAGGACAGCAAUGCCUCAAAUUCGCUCCAGGUGAGCCAUAUAAGGUAUUUUGUGCUAGUUGUUGCAGAGUCAUAUACAAUAUUUUAUUCUAGUUGUGCUAGCAAGUUCCACUGAUCCUAAGUAAUUGUAUUGUGUCCUGAUUCUAAUGGAAGCCAACAGGAGUUUUGCUAUUGGUGCCCCUAGCAUAUUAGUAAAGCUUCUAGUAUAUUUGUAACUGUAGAGAAAAGUGUUGUUUCAUAUGUGAUGAUGUACCUCACCAUCUGCAACCCCCUUUUAAAAAUUAUAGAUCCACCCAUGUUAAGAGCCUUACAAUUUUUACAGAAAGACCAGGGUUAAAGAGUAAGUGUCACAGCUGGCUGCAUCCAUAUGUAAGAAUUGGCUGCACCUGGUUAUUUACUUUAAACUUUUUAGAAAAUGCUUAACUACCACAAAGUAGUUUUCACUAUGAGGCGGGUGAAAAAAUUAGAACAACCAUCCUGCUAUACAGGAUUCGGUCUAAAGGAAAAUCUCAGCUUCAAACAACCCCAAACUUCAGAGGCUUUGAAAUCCAACCCCAGAUCCAAAUCUGAAAGCCUGGGGCUAAAACUUAGAUAUUUAAUGAGAAUCAUUUCACAAUAGACCCUUCUUGUAAAACAAGCUCCAGAUCCUAAUCCACAUGAAUUUAGCAUGUGGGAGAUCCAAAUACUGCAUCCAAACUUUGGAGGAGACAGAUUUCCAUCUCACUAGACACAGUACACUGGCUUAAGCACCAUAUUCUCCAAUAUGAUUUGCUUUGCAGACCUUGGUUGCAUAUUUUGCACAUGUUCUGAAGACAUAUGAAACUAUAUAAUACCUGAGUGUUGCACAGUAGUUCUAAGGCUGAAGCAGAUGUUGAAAAAUGAUAGAAUUCUGUGAACUUUCUGAUGUCAUCAAGUGCAGCUGUCUCAAAAGACAAGUAAAAAAAUCUCCUCUUCUGAUAAUC